UUCUAAAGCAAGACAGAAAAGGAAUGAGCCUUAUCUAGUAAACCUGCGGCUGCAUGUAGUUUUCAUUACUACCAACAUUUCUAGCAGUUUUAAUUAGCAAUUACUUCAAUUUUUCCAAGUUCACUUCUUAUUUUCUUAUCAAAAUUGUUUCAUUAACUAAAUUCAAUUCUCUUAAUGGCAAAUUCUCUGUGUUUAACACCUUUAGCUUCCUUCAACUCUGUCAAUAAACCAGGUCUAAUUAAUGGGAAUUGCACUGGAAGAAAUAUUCAAUGGAUUAAAGAUGUUAUCUACAGCUCCAAGAGUUCCUUAAGAGUUUUGGAAGUGAAGGCCACUGACAGUGACCAAAAUGCAAAAUCAAGGAGCAUCAUCUGUAAAAAUUGUGAUGGAAAUGGUGCAGUGUUGUGCUCACAAUGUAAAGGCAUUGGUGUUAACUCCGAAGAUUAUUUCAGUGGGCGGUUCAAAGCUGGUGAACUGUGUUGGCUGUGCGGAGGUAAGAAAGAUAUGCUAUGUGGCGACUGCAAUGGUGCUGGAUUUCUUGGUGGAUUUAUGAGUACGUUCGAUGAGUAGACAUCAUAUGCACUGGUCGCGAUAUGAAACAAUAGCUAGCUAUGAAACUCAAUACUAACAGGCAACCAUUUCCCAGAAACUUUUCAAUGCUGUGGUUCAAAUGCUAUAAAUUGCUUCUGCAAAUUCCAAGUUAGGACGUUGAGUCCCUGGGGAGGGAGGUGUAUGUGACACCUUAGGUGAAUCGAUGAUGCUUGGAAAUAUUUACAAGAACAGCUACAAUACAGUUUGUGUAAUGUGCUCGAAAAGUCAAUCAUGGCUUUUGUACAUAAGUAUAUACAUCUUUGGGAGUCUGAAUUACAAACCUCAUAGUCUCUGCACCUCAUCUUGACUUGGUAACACCUAGUCUACGGGGCCGAGCUAGGUGGCAGAAGCGGGUUCGGUCGAACCCCUUUUGCCGAAAAUUACUCUGUAUAUAUAAGAUUUUUUUUUUCACGUAUAAAUAUUAGGUGUUGAAUUUUCUUA